AGGUUGGUGACUCAUAGAUGACUCAGUCAUUCGUGAUCCAACUUUACUUUUUUGGAAGUCUUCCGAAUGAUGGCCGCCAUGGCAGUGAUGGCGCCAUCGUGCGCUUCAUGGCUCACGGCUUCACUGCACAGCCGCAAGCUUUAGUGUUGUCAGGAGGACUGCUGCCUCGUCCAUGGGUGCAAAGAAAAUUUUGUAUUGCUGCUGGAAUUGGCUACAUACGUGACCGAGGAGGGAAAAGUGUUCGUAACUAACAAUGGCAGGUGGGGAGGAUAAUGCCACUCCUGCUAGCAGAGGACAACAGGAACGAGGCUUGUAUAACGAAUCCGAUGAGAGUAUACGCCGUGCGGCACGAAGGCUUCAGAUCGCAACAGCAGUGUGUGUUGUUGCGGCCGUGGUGUUGCUAGUUGUAGUUAUCUUAGUUCUCACGCUUGGCGGUGGAGACGACGAGCAGCAGAACCACGAUACUAUCAUUAUUGUUUAUGUUGAUAAAAAAGACGAGCAAACAAUGGCCCCAACUCAAAACGCAAGCAGCAGUAUGAAUAGCAGCUACGACGAGCAAUCAUUAUUAGAUCUACCGGUACCGGUAGCCCUAAGCGCAAGCAUAAACUUUGUCGGCAGCACCGGUACCGUACCCCCUCCACCAUCUCCUCCGCCGCCCCAAUUUGUCCCACAAGAUCCAUUCCAGGGCUUGACACCAGCGGAUGUUUUAAGGUGGCGACAAUCGGGGGAUGGCUUGGCACUUACGGUCGUCAACGCUCUUCAACCAAGUAGCGAUUGGAUUGCUAUCUUGGACAAGGUUGUUUCUGACUGGAACUCGGGUGAUCCGGAUGCUGUAUCUCUCACCAUUGAACCAGGCACGGACACGGAUGGAUCCUGUAAUCCAGCCAUGGAUCAGAUCAAGGUCUGCAAUGGGGAUUAUGGGAACACCGAGUGGUAUGGUAUUACACUGGUCAUCAUAUCCAGUGGCUGGAUGGUGGCUGCCGCGGUCAAGUUGAAUGAUUACUAUUUUUUGCAGUCGGGUGGUGGUGCCACAAACCAAGUCUAUAUGCAAUACCAACUGUGUCAUGAGAUAGGCCAUGCCUUGGGAUUGGCUCACACGGAUGAUGACUUUUUCAAUGAGCCACUCGGGGAUUGCAUGGACUUUUCCAGUCAUGAUAGUGCAGAAGUCAAUCUGCAUCCGGGCAAUGUAACCUUUGGUCACCUACGAGACAUAUAUGGAGCACUUCCAAGUGGAUGAUAAUGUCACAGCCUACUGAAUAGUACUCCCACUUGCACCGCCAAGAAUGAAAGCGUUGUGUUUCCAGUUACCCAGUGCCUCCUGACAAGAUCAUCUUCAUGAUCCCUGGGCAAUCUGAUGACAUCAACCCCUCUAAGCACAAGGAACAGGGUGAUUUCGUUCAGUUUUAUUGAGUUAACCAUGCAGCUUUUCCUAGCUAGGAACUACAUGCGGUACGGUAUGAUUGUUUUGGCGACGUGGCUGCUUGCCUUUAUUCUGUGA